GUCCAGUAAUAUGACGGAGAAUAACAAAACGUAAAAAGUACUUGAUGUACAGCGUUGUCUUCUUGGAUGAGACUACGAGCAAGGGUGGACUCACCCUUGCUCGUAUUCAUGUGUACAUAACGCAAUUUCUCAACAUACCCGUCAUGCAACUUGAGCGUCUGACUAAGGAGUUAGAUUAUGAGCAUGUGCAUCACCGAAAGGCAUUCACUUUCCUCAACUUAACAAUGAGAUCGGACGUACACCAUGAACUCGUAUGAGUUCGAUGGCCAAGCGCUGUGACGGUCCCAAUGAUCGUGUAACCUCUCAGGACAAUCAGAAAGCCAGCGCGAGCGGGUAUUUGUCGUCAAUAUAACCAGAUUUGUACAUGAUUCCUCCGGGCCAUAAACCAUGAGCGGUGGAGGACACGUAGUCCCCGAUAGUAAUGACACUAUCCUGGCGCCGUAGCUGCAGCUGAACUCUUGCAGCCCACAUGUGUCGAUCACGAACCAGAUCCAAGAAUCCUCUCACCUCCAUGGCGUCGAACACAGCGACCUCCAAGGGAAUUUCUUCCCCCGAGCUUCGGAGCCAGUAUGAGAGUUUGUCCAAGUCCCAGAGGGUACUGCCGUCGACUGAUACGUGUAUGGACAGGCCAGCUGUCCCGAAGAUCGUCACCUCGAUCUCCUCAGCUCGCUGGCUACGGAUCCGGAGCACCAAAUGAGGCCCUUUUGAUUUCGACUCCAGGAUAAUUUCGAGCUUCGUGACUGGACACGACUCCAGAGCAGCAAAAUACUCCCGGAACUCGAGAUUGUCAAUCAAAUGGAUCUUCGGCUCUGGGACGUCCACCACUUCCUCCCCGCACUUAAUUGAAAUAUGUUCUUCGUCCUCGACCUCGUCGGCCACCACUUUCUCUCCGCACUUUAUUGAAAUAUGUUCGUCGUCCUCGAACUCGGCCACCACUUCCUCCCCGCACUUAAUUGAAAUAUGU